CUCGAUGUACGGCUGUCUCGGUUACGAGGGGUCUCGCUUCUACGCACGCCCUCUCGCCGCGCUCACCACCUUCAAGGGUCGCGAGAUCUUGACGCGGACAAAGGCUGACGCCGAGGGCAUGUCGCUCAACGUCAUCUACGGUGACACCGACUCAGUCAUGAUCAACACGAACCAGACGGACUACGCCACUGCGCUCAAGAUUGGCGAAGACUUCAAGAAAGUCAUCAACGACAAGUACAAGAAGCUCGAGAAUGACCGUGAUGCCGUCUUCGAGCGCAUGCUCCUCCUCAACAAGAAGAAGUACGCCGCUCGCAAGGUCGAAGACGACGGCAAGGGCGGACCGGGCGAGGUCACGACCGAGAUCAAGGGUUUCGACAUGAAGCGUCGCGAGUUCUCGAAGCUCUCGAAGGAUGCCUCCAAACGUGCUCGACAUGAUCCUCUCGCCAAGGCGACGGAGACCGUUAUCGAGGAGAUUCACGAGUACCUCACCGACCUCGGCGAGAAGAUCCGCAACGGCUUUAACCCUCUCGACGACUACAUCAUCCACAAGCGUCUCGGCAAGAACCCGGAGGACUACCCCGACGCCAAGUCGCUCCCGCACGUCCAGGUCGCGCUGAAGAUGAAGGCCAAGGGUCUCUCCGCCAAGGCCGGCGACGUCAUCCCGUACAUCUUCUGCGUACCGCCCAACGGCGAGACGACGAAGACGGCGCAGGCCGCCAACGCUCAUCACCCGGACGACGUGCGGCGACAAGGCUCCACGCUCAAGAUUGACUUCGAGGUCUACCUGUCGACGCAAGUCCUUCCGCCCAUUGAGCGUCUCUGCGAGCAUAUCGAAGGAACCGAGAAGGCUCGUCUCGCCGAAUGCCUGGGUCUCGACGCUUUGCGCUUCGAGUCGACUUCGCUCGAUGUGCCCGAACGCGAGUUCAAGACGCUCCAGUCGCAGAUCUCGGAUGCCGAGCGCUUCGCCGAUGCCGAGCCGUCCCGCAUCCGAUGUCGAACCUGCGGCACGAUCAGCCCGUUCGACGGCAUCCUCGAGAACAAGGUGUCCGGCAUGCUCUCGGAACACGGCUUCUUCUGCGGCAACGUCGAGUGCCGAGACUUCAUUCCGACACCUUCGCUCGCCGUCCAGCUCGACCUCAAACUUUGCGGUGUCAUCAGCAAGUUCUACUACGCGGACGCAAAGCUGUACGACCAGCUCCUCUACAUCGACACCUCGUCCAACAUCGAGCGGGCGCUCGGCAAGGUCGCAGGCGGAGCAUAA